AUGUCUGAUCAACAGCGCGUCGCGAUCAUAACAGGAGCUGCGCAGGGUAUUGGCAGGGCAAUCGCCCUUCGACUAGCAAAAGACGGAAUACAUGUAGCCCUCAAUGACAUUCCAAACAACGCCGAUAAUCUCGCCAGAGUCGCAGAGGAAGUACAGGCCCAGGGCGGGCGGUCGACGACAAUCCUUGCGGACGUCUCUGUGGAGCAUGAAGUCAAGGCAAUGGUAGCAAAGGCCGUAGAGGACCUUGGAAGCGUGGAUGUUAUGAUAGCAAACGCAGGAAUAUCCCCAGUGGGAUCGAUCCUAGACAUGAGUGUGGAGACAUGGGACCGUAUCAUGGAUGUCAAUCUACGCGGAGUCAUGUUGUGCUACAAGUACGCGGCAUUACAGAUGAUUAAGCAAGGACGUGGUGGAAGAAUCCUCGGCGCUAUCAAUUUCUCCGCCUACAGCGCCUCGAAGUUCGGCGUGAGGGGCCUCACUCAAUCGCUCGUUCACAGACGCAACAUGAUAGCACUCGAAUUGGCAGAACAUAACAUCACUGUAAAUGCAUACUGUCCUGGGGUCAUCAUCACGCCCAUGACAUCUGUGGAGGAUGACGCACAGUACGGAGGCAAGCCUGGCGCUAGGGUCAAGGCGUGGAUAGGCGCUCCGCCCGAUGGUCCAGACGCUGGUCCAGAGGUGAUCGCCAGCAUUGUCUCGUACCUCGUUAAACCUGAGGCGUAUUUCAUCACCGGUCAAUCUAUCCAUGUGAAUGGGGGUGCACAUGUUGGAUAG